CUCCCUUUUACUUCUUUUCUUUUUGAUUUUUACUCGGACCGGUUCACCUUUCUGCGUGUUGGGUGGUAACUGACGAAUCUCUUUUUCAUCGAUAUGUGGUUAAGCGUAAGAGUAUGAAAGCUCUAUCUUGUUUAUUCCUUUCUUGUCUCUCGUUCAUGGCCGGUUGCAGUUGUGAACAAUGCCUUCAUCUCCGUUCGCUAUCUAAUGUUUCAGGGCCCUUCUACUGUUUCAUUCUUCUUCUUUCUCAGCUUCUUUUGAUUUCACAUUCAUCUAUCUUUCUUUUUUCUUGCAUUCAUUAUGGCAUCCAUCUUUGUGUCAUUCUUUUUUCCACGAGACUCUUCUUACACGGGCUCACUGGUUUUGUUGGCGAUUCUGAAAUGGGGUCCUUUUUUAUUCGACUUCCUUGGGAGGUGCAUGUCUUUCAAAUCACGAAGUGCAAGCAUCUUUGCCACUUUGAGCGUGCAGAGCUACAUGCGUACAGUAUGAGCUGCUAACAGACAAUUCAAUCUACACUCUGCGUCAUCAAAUUGAUGGCGUCUACUCAGUAACCAUUUCGAGCCCUUGUAGUGUGUCAUGUAUCAAUUAUAUUAGUAGGGAUUCAUGAUGUCAGUACAGCAGCUGUAGCACGCAACGAUUGGUUGUAGUUCAAUAUUAGCAAUGCUCAUCUUGCAAAUUGAAGCACAUACUCCAAACUAAGUGCC